CCCAGCAAACAGUAUAUAUACCACUUAAACACACAAAUGUUCCCUGAGGAACAAAAUGUCGAAGAAAGCCGACUUGUUGAGUGAUAUCAAUGAAGAAGACCAAGAAAACCAAACUUUGGUCUUCAAAGUGUUUGGUUACGGGUCUCUUCUGUGGAAAGUGAACUUUAAUUAUUCUAGUCGUGAUCAUGGUCAUAUCAAAGGGUUCCAGAGAAAAUUCUGGCAGAACAUCAAGACUCAUCGUGGGACGGAAGAAAAGCCCGGACGAGUAGCCAUUCUUCACGAAGCUGAAGAAGACAAAACACUCAGCGGUGUGAUGUUUACCAUUAAGGGUGCAUCAGACAUUGAGGAUGCCAAACAGAAAUUAGAUACACGGGAAACAGUGCUUGGUGGUUACAUCUCAAUUCAGACCACGUUCUACGAUGAAUAUGGUGUCCAGUCCGCUGUUACUGUAUUUACAGCUACCCCUGACAACGACCUCUAUGUGGGACAGAUUUGUGAUCAUCCUUAUGAUGACGUAGAACACAUAGCUACACAGGUUGUCGGUGCACAAGGCCGCGCUGGAACCAAUGCAGAAUACGUCAUCAAACUGGCAAAUUAUGUUAGAAGACAUUUUCCAAACGAGGACGACGAACAUUUAUUUUUGCUCGAGAAAAAAGUCACCGAAAAAUUGAGAAAUCGUUCGCGGACAAUUCAAAUCAACUACGAUCAUAUGAAUGAUAUUAAUCAUCAUGAUAUUUGAUUUUCUGAAUGUAACAACUUGUUGUGCUAUGAUUGUUGCAUCUAUGAAUAUUGCUAAUAUGUUUUUUAUUGUUUCAUUUAUAUCAUGAAUGUACGAUGGUUGGUAAAUCAUAUUUUAAUAAUGUUAAUUAAUAUAUCCUGUUAGAUAUUUUAAAGUUACGAUUCUCGUUGAUUCUUACUAUAAACGUACAAAACGUAAGUUUAAAGCCAGCUGCAAAUUAUUAAAAAAAUAACUCAAAGGAAAGCGUUAUGGUGUGUAAUAGCCAAUUUCCAAAUUAAACCUUUUCGAAGGUACAUUUGCUAAUGUUUUCCCCUACCUGUUCAGAACAAUAUGAAUUGCUAUCGGGUGCGAUAUUUUAUAUGACGCCCUCUAAAAAACAAAUUACGGUUAUGUGUUGUGUAUUUUUAGAUUCUUUGCAAGGAAUUUAAUAUAGGUAUUAAUGAUAAGUAAAACUGAAAUUAUACGCUGUUGAUUUAUUAAUGAAUUUAUAAAUAAAUAUUUUCAUUUCGGAGAAUGCCCUCAAAAGUUAUGUUUUUCUUUGUUUCAUUAAUGAAAUAAAUGUUGGAUUGUCAA